UAUUUUUUCCGGUUUUACAUUUAUAAGAUGAGAGAAGACGCCUCUCAAUCAGAUGCAAUUAGAGACUGAUUUUAUAUUGGUUAAGAAAUAAUCAAAAAUGUUUUGGAACCUAGCUAACACACUCAGAGCCUCUAAAAUACCAGCUAUAAUGCAGGAACCAGGAAUCAUUAUUGGUUACCGUCAGAUUAAUCAGCCGUGGAGUUAUUAUGCAAGAAGCAUGUUUCAAAUUCACAACGAGACCUUGAAUAUAUGGUCGCAUUUGAUAGCCAUUUUCGUUCACUUGAGUUUAAUUUACCAGUAUGCCGAGAAAUGCAAUUUUUAUCGUGAACAUCAAUCAUGGACUUUAUUAAUAUUUAGUGUUUGUUGUAUAUAUUCGACGACAAUAAGUGUAAUAGCACAUAUUUUUCAUAGCAAAAACAUUGAUGCCCAUUACAGCUUAUUUCUGUUUGAUUACGCAGGCGUGUAUAUGUAUGGAUAUGCUUCCGGUUUGAUAGCCAUUUACUAUUUUUCAGAUGAAUACACCUAUGGCAUGAUCGUAAAUGUUUACUUAGUUGCCCAUUGGAUAUUCUCUUUUGGUGGCUUUGUUCUUUUGUGUAUAAUGAAAACGAACUUUGGACAUAAAGACCAACAGAGGACAAGGAAAGGUCUACUAUGUUUGUUUUUUUCAUUGCACGCAAUUCUUUUAUCUGCAACAGUAGCAAGAAAAUAUUGGCUUUUACUGAAUGGAAACCACCAAUAUUUAGCGUCAAUUACUAACUAUAAUUGGAUAUAUUUAUCAUUUAUUCUUGUAGGAGUAUCGUACGGUUGUCACUUGCCAGAAGUGUUCUUGCCAGGCAUGUUUGAUAUUAUUGGACAAAGCCACCAAAUCUUCCACAUAUUUGCAACACUGACACAGAUAUUACAGAUACGCGCAGUGCACUUUGAAAUAUCAGAAGGAAACGCUUCAUAUGGACAUCUAUCCUUGUCAUCACUCUUUAUAUUAUCAACUAUUUCUUUAGGUAUUAUCACUGUUAUAUGUGUAUUUAUCAUUAGAAUAUAUUUUCCAGUACCAAAUACAAAAAAAGAAAAAUAAACACUAUAGAGUUGUUUUCUCAUUCUUAAAUUGGAAAAUAUAUUUAUAUCAAAUGAGAAAAGAUUUAGAAAUGAGAUAUUGAGAAGCUAGGUUAACACCGCCACGUGGUCAUGUGCCUGUCACAAAUCAUAAAACUCGUCUUUGUGAAUUCUUCAUGUUUUUUCUUCUUUAUUCUUUAGGAAAUAGGGUGAUUUUAUCUCUGUGAAAGGAAAAGAUUCACUUUUACUAAAAUAUGGCCUUGGAAUUUAACUUGAUCAAAAAUUAUCCAAAAGGUCACAAUUCGAUUCUUUAAUGAAUCUAUUUCUAAAGCCACCUUCUAAGACCAUCUUGCUUAGAUUGAUGAUAAAAUAGCAAAAUAUGUGUUUCCUUUUUUCAACAAUACAGAUGGAUCAACUGUAGGUUCACGCAAGUAGCUGCAGCGUAGCGCAAUAGUUAUCUGUAUCAACAAAGAGCUUGAUGAAAGGAAUGCUUAAAGGACUUUCAGAAGUUAAAAAGGGUUACCAUCGUCGUCUGCAUGUAAUAAAAAUGUCGUAUGAAGUCUAUUAAGAAUUUAAGAUUUUUACUCAAUAGUAAAUUGCGCUUAGGUUACCUAUAAUGAUCACUUUGUCUUUACUAGUCAAGUAUUAUCCAGAAAAUAAAUAUAAUAUCUUACAAACACUACUAUAUAAUAUUCUUUUGACAGUUUUCAUAUUAAAAAGUAUUUAUUCCACCUCUCUUCUCUUCCAAAUUAAAUGCGCACUAUUUGUUCAUGCGCAUGAGAUUUGUCAAACU